GUUGCACACGCCUGUGAAGCCCGGCCCCAUCAGACGAGCCACAGCCUCCUGCCGGAUCACGGCCCAUGCGCAGCCCAAAGAAGCGUCUUAUUCGGUUUGAAUGAGGAAAACCUCGCGUCUGCCUUAUUGAAAGCCGUCACAUGGGUCCGAGGAGGAAAACAAUCGCUUCCUGAAAUGAUUCUGCUCGCCGUCUUUACGCGCUGCUGUUUCUCGCCGCUCUCCGUCUCCACCGUGAAACCGCAUCGCGUGUAAUUAUUUUAUUUUUUUUAUUUUAUUUAUUUUUUUAUUUUCAUUUCCCCCCCCGCCCGGAUCUUUUGGCCCAGCGGAUCGUUGCCGAAGAUGAUCAGCAAAGUUAAAAACGCGAUGUCCAACUGGGUGGGAGGGAUGAUGCCUCACGGACACCACCACCACCACAACCAUCACUCAGGUGGAGGCCAGAACUGCGGACAAGAGGGCUUGCCGCAUCGCUUCCCUUACGGCCGGCCGGAUUUCUUGGACCUCACCCCGGAGCUCCUGCAGUACUCCACGGAGCACGCCUCCAGGCCGGUGAUCGCCUUAAAGAGAGGCACCAGGCUUCCCUGGGGGACAGGAUACGCAGAGGCGAUCAAUGCGGGGAAGAGCAUGCUGAACGAGGACCAGGCCUCUUGCGAGAAGCUGUUUGUGAGGAAGCCGAGCAGCAAACACAGAAACUCGACUCUGGUGGACGACAACGGGGAUAACACGGGAAUCCCUCUCCACUUCUGGGGGGUUUACGAUGGCCAUGCGGGUUCCGGCGCUGCCAUUAUGGCCUCCAAGCUUCUUCACCGCAUCAUCAGAGACGGACUCGGGGAGAUCUGCCACCUCCUGGAGAAUCCCAACAGCGCGCCUCCGAUCUGCCUGGCCAAGAACGGCAGCCCUUUCCAGGCAGACGCAAAAAAAGGAGCCGCGCAGGAAGCAGCAGAGGACACCGAUGCUGUCUGCGACGCCUCGGUGCGCUUUUACAUGGAGAAGGUCGUCAGCCUGGAGAGCCUGGUGAUGGGAGUCAUAGAAACCGCCUUCAAGCAGAUGGAUGACCUCAUCGAAAAGGAAAAAACGUCAUAUGCCAUUUCUGGUGGCUGUUGUGCCUUAGCUGCCAUUUAUUUAAUGGGAAAGCUCUAUGUAGCCAACGCUGGAGACAGCAGGGCCAUAAUUAUACGAAACAGUGAAGUCAUUCCAAUGACUAACGAAUUCACUCCUGAGUCAGAGAGGCAGCGGUUACAGUAUCUGGGCUUCCUGAGGCCCGAGCUCCUGGGAAAUGAGUUCACUCACAUUGAGUUUCCUCGGCGGAUCCAGCACAGCGAGCUGGGCAAGAAGAUGCUCUACAGAGACCACACCAUGACUGGCUGGGCUUAUAAGACAAUUGUAGAGGAUGAUCUGAAAUUCCCCCUGAUAUAUGGAGAAGGGAAAAAGGCUCGUGUAAUGGCAACAAUCGGGGUGACUCGUGGGCUGGGAGAUCAUGACCUGAAGGUGUACAACUCCAACAUCUACAUCAAGCCCUUCCUGUCAUGCGUCCCUGAGGUGAUGGUUUAUAACCUGGAUGAAAAUAAACACGGACCAGACGACGUCCUGGUUAUGGGCACAGAUGGACUGUGGGAUGUAACGACGGACAAGGAGGUGGCAGAAGCUGUUUCGACCUACCUAUCACGCUGUGACCCGUCUGAUCCCAUGAGAUACACACUGGCAGCGCAGGAACUGCUGAUGAGGUCCAGGGGUGUGCUAAAAGAGCGCGGCUGGCGGCUACCCAACGACAAACUGGGCUCAGGCGACGACAUCACUGUAUUUGUCAUCCCGCUGGCAGGCCACGAGUCAGAGACUUGAUGAGCCUUGUUGCAGCAGCAGGGCCGACUCUUUGAAGGUUUCUUCCCACUGGUCCCUCCAAGCUCCCCGAAUAAACCCCAGAAGGAUGAGGCGAUGGGAGAGGAAAACAUCACCGUCAUUGGAAAGGCUCGGGCCUAAACAGCACUUUCACUGACUCUCUCGAAAAGACGCACCUUUGUUUAGUUCUGCUUGGUCCAUCGCCUUUGGUUGACUUUUAAUCGUUUAAAAAAAAAAUAAUUAUGAUUAUUAGAGAAGUUUAAAUUUUUCUCCCAAACUUGCUGUUUGUGGUGUGCACAAAAAUCCCUGUAGUAAUUUUUUUGUUUGUUUGUUUAUGUCCAAACCAAGGCUUGAACUGAAUCUUUUAAACGAUAAUUGUUCUGUUGCCAUGCUCAAGAUGUUACUUCCUAUAUCUAAAGACGAAAAAAAAGCCUCUAAUAGUUUCUCAAUAAGUAAAUGGGUUCGCCACUGAGGAUGUUGAGGCAACCAAAGAAAAGCGGCUGUAGAAUGAGGAUGGAAGCUGUAAAGAAUUACACAAAAACAAACCCAAAUCAUUACAUAAAUGUAUGUACAUGUCAACAGAAGGAGCAUGAAGGCAGAGAAGACAGACGAAUGGACCUUUUUGGCUCUGGACCCAAUCAGAGCCAGUGUUGCAGUAUUUCCUUUGAUAAUAAUGAAUGAAAAUAGCGAUACCUGAGGCACUUGAAAGGCUCUUGCACACGUUCUGUAGUAGCUUGUUAAUUUGUCUUAUCUUUUGAUCCAAUGUGCUCAUAGGAGACCUAUUUUAUUUGUUUAGUACAGCAGAAAGGAUUGUGGGUUAAAAAUAUGUUUGGUGAAGAAAAGACAGAAAACGUUCCAUGUUUUUAAUGUAACUAUAAGUUGUUUUUUUUUUUUUUUUUAUUUACCUGUCAGAGGAACCGGUUUCAUGUUCUCCAUGUCUCGCUAUAAUAGGACGUGUUAAGUUUCACACAUAUGCCUUAUUGAAACAUGAAAGGGACUGAAGAGUUUCCAUUGCACUAAAUUCGAAUCAUGUAAAGGAGGCAAAAAAAAGAGAACAUUGUAUGCCCUCAAGUGUACCUCAUACCUCUUUUUUUUAACCAUUUUUAUUAUAUCAUGUCAUUUAGAUUGUCCACAUAUCUAUUUUUUAAAACUAUCGUUUGCUCGUAAACAGAAUUUUAUUUUUUAUUUUCUAUCCAUAAUUGUUGCCGUGUCCAAGAAUCUGAGCUACCAAAAUGUGUGGUAGAACGAUGAUGUGUUCCAGUUUAGAAAUAAAUAUGUUUUUUUUCCCA